GCGCCGUUAUCGAAAAAUUUGGAUUAUUUGGAGGAAUUCCGGGCACUAUCCGACGGGAUAGUUGCACCCGGCACAAUACCGUCGCCGUGGACACCAGUGGGUGCCGGUCCCCCGGGAGGGCCAUUGGGACCGGCAGACACAAAUGGCAGCAUGGUAGAUAGUAAAAAUUUAGACGUCGGAGAUAUGAGUGACGACGAAAAAGAUCUCUCAUCUGCUGAUGCCGAAGGUGUCUGGAGUCCCGAUAUCGAACAGAGUUUUCAAGAGGCGCUUUCAAUAUAUCCGCCAUGUGGACGACGGAAAAUUAUUUUAUCCGAUGAGGGUAAAAUGUAUGGACGUAACGAACUCAUCGCACGAUACAUCAAACUGCGCACAGGCAAGACGAGAACACGCAAGCAAGUUAGUUCGCAUAUCCAAGUAUUGGCCAGGCGGAAACUGCGCGAAAUCCAAGCAAAAAUCAAAGUUGAUCCGAAUGGCGCCCCAAACGGCGUCUCAUUGCAUUUACUAGCCGAGCAAGAGAAAGCGCUACAGACAAUGAACGGCAUGACGAGCUCACAAAUCGUAUCGGUUCAAGCAGCCAAGAAUAUAGCGCUGGCCGCUUCGGCACUCUCGGGCCUGCAUCAGAAUGGUACAGCUGCUGUGCCGCCGCCACCUCCACAUCCGUAUGCUCAUCAUAUGCAUCACCCACAUCAAAUAUCAGGCCCGGUGAACUCCUAUCUACAGCAGCAACAUUCUACCGGAACGAACGCUAGUACGGCAGCAGGACUGCCGCAUGCACACUCGCACCAUCCGCAUCCGGCGCUACAUCAUCACCCACCGUUGUAUUCAGGCCAAUUUUGGCAGCCUGGUCUACAGCCGAGCACCUCACAAGAUUUCUAUGAUUACAGCAUUAAGCCAUUUGCACAACCACCAUAUCCCGCCGGCAAACCAUCAACAGCUGUAUCUGGUGAUAUUGAAGCAGGUCUUCCACCAGCACAACUGCCAUGGGAAGGACGAGCGAUAGCGACGCACAAAUUUAGGCUACUAGAGUUUUCUGCGUUCAUGGAAAUGCAAAGAGACGAAAUAUUUCACCGGCAUUUGUUUGUACAGCUUGGCGGCAAACCAUCAUUCUCCGAUCCAUUACUUGAGGCUGUUGAUAUACGGCAAAUCUCCGAUAAAUUCCCAGAGAAAUCGGGUGGUCUUAAAGAUCUCUAUGAAAAGGGUCCACAAAAUGCAUUUUACUUGGUAAAAUGUUGGGCGGACUUAAACACCGAUAUUACAGGCAGUGAAACAGGCGACUUUUAUGGUGUAACCAGCCAAUAUGAAAGCAAUGAAAAUGUUGUGCUCAUUUGCUCCACAAAAGUUUGUUCUUUUGGUAAGCAAGUUGUGGAAAAAGUGGAAACGGAAUACUCACGUUUGGAAAACGGUCGUUUUGUGUACCGCAUUCAUCGUUCUCCCAUGUGCGAAUACAUGAUCAAUUUUAUACAAAAAUUAAAGAAUUUACCUGAACGUUAUAUGAUGAACAGUGUACUGGAGAACUUUACAAUACUGCAAGUAAUGCAAGCCCGCGAUACACAGGAAACACUGCUAUGCAUAGCCUACGUAUUCGAAGUGGCAGCACAAAAUAGUGGCGCAACUCAUCAUAUCUAUCGUUUAAUAAAGGAAUAGCAUGAGCUCCAACUGCCCACACUA